AUGGGCGAAAGCAAAGAAACCACCGUUCUCAACGGCCUCGGAAACACCAUCUCUCAAGUAGAAAAUGCUGUUUCCGCAUCGCUUCGGCCUUUGCCUACGGAAACAGGCGACGGAACCUAUAUUGCAGAAUCUACACAAACAGGCUGGGUCAAAGACCUUGGCCAUGUCGACCUAAAGGAUGUCCGGACGCUUGCCGAUGUAGUGAAGAGCGCGGCCACGGGAGAGCCUGUGGAUGACAAGCAAUACAUCAUGGAAAGGGUAAUUCAGCUAGCCGCCGGUUUACCAUCGACCUCCCGAAAUGCUGCAGAAUUGACCAAGUCAUUCUUGAACAUGCUGUGGAAUGACUUGGAACAUCCACCAAUUUCUUAUCUUGGGCUUGAUUCGAUGUACCGCAAGGCCGACGGUUCCGCAAACAAUCACUUUUGGCCCCGUAUUGGGGCUGCCGGAAGCCCUUACGCAAGAUCUGUCCGCCCAAAGACGGUUCAAUCCCCUGCCUUACCAGAGCCGGAGACUCUUUUCGACUGUUUGCUCCGUCGCAAGGAAUAUAAGGAGCAUCCUAAUAAGAUAUCGAGUGUGCUUUUCUAUAUCGCUUCGAUCAUAAUUCACGAUCUAUUUCAGACUGACCCAAAUGAUGACUCUUUGUCCAUGACAUCGUCCUAUUUGGAGCUCUCUCCUUUGUAUGGCAAUAAUCAGGACGAGCAGGACCUUGUUCGUACGUUCAAGGACGGGAAGUUGAAGCCGGACUGUUUUUCUACCAGGCGCGCUUUGGGCUUCCCUCCUGGUGUUGGCGUCCUUUUGAUUAUGUUCAAUCGCUUCCAUAAUUAUGUUGUUGACCAAUUGGCAUCGAUCAACGAAGGUGGCCGGUUCACCAAGCCUGACGAGUCCAAUACCGAAGAAUACGCUAAAUACGACAACAAUCUCUUUCAAACUGGCCGACUAGUGACUUGCGGACUAUACGUAAAUAUCAUCUUGAAGGAUUAUGUUCGAACGAUUCUGAACCUAAACCGGACAAACAGCACCUGGAGUCUAGACCCACGCAUGGAGAUGAAAGAUGGUCUGUUGGGCGAAGCAGCAGCAAUGGCAACUGGGAACCAAGUGUCAGCUGAGUUUAAUGUUGUGUAUCGUUGGCACGCGUGCAUUUCAAAGCGCGACGAGAAAUGGACAGAGGACUUUCACCGUGAGAUUAUGCCCGGAGCGGACCCAAGCACUUUAUCGCCAAGGGAGCUUGUGGCGGGCUUGGGACGGUGGCAGAAGGCACUUCCACAGGAGCCGACGGAACGCCCAUUCUCUGGCCUGCAGCGGAAAUCCGACGGAACGUUCGAUGACGACGAUCUGGUUGGCAUUUUUGAACAAAGUGUCGAGGACUGUGCGGGUGCAUUUGGUGCAUCUCAUGUGCCUGCAAUAUUUAAAAGCAUUGAGGCUCUUGGUAUAUUGCAGGCUCGCAAAUGGAACUUAGGAACCCUCAACGAGUUCCGCCAAUAUUUCAAUCUGGCUCCUCAUAAAACAUUUGAAGAUAUCAACUCGGAUCCGUACAUUGCUGAUCAGCUCAGAAGACUGUACGACCAUCCUGAUCUCGUCGAAAUAUACCCAGGCGUGAUUGUUGAAGAUGCCAAAGAUCCCAUCGUUCCUGGGAGUGGUCUUUGUACAAAUUAUACCAUUUCCAGGGCUAUUCUUUCUGAUGCCGUCGCAUUAGUUCGUGGUGAUCGCUUCUAUACUGUUGAUUACACUCCAAAGCACCUUACGAACUGGGCGUUCAGCGAAAUUCAGCCCAACAAUUCCGUCGACCAUGGCCAAGUAUUUUACAAGUUGGUACUCCGUGCAUUCCCUAACCAUUUUACUGGAAAUUCCAUUUACGCCCAUUUUCCACUGGUCACUCCCUCUGAGAAUGAGAAAAUCUUGGAAAAGCUCGGGACUGUCGGUCAAUAUAGCUGGGUAAAGCCAAGUUAUAGCCCUCAUCCAACUUUCAUCAAUUCCCAUGCGGCAUGUAUGUCCAUUCUCAACAAUCAGGAAACGUUCAAGGUCGCUUGGGGCGAGAAGAUUGAAUUCCUGAUGCAACACGACAAGCAACCCUACGGAAUGGAUUUCAUGUUGUCUGGAGACAGGCCACCAAAUGCCGCGUCACGCAAAAUGAUGGGAACCGCUUUAUAUCGCGAUAAAUGGGACGAAGAAGUCAAAAGGUUUUAUGAACAAAUAACCCUGAAGCUGUUGCACAAGAACUCUUACAAACUUGCUGGAGUGAAUCAAGUUGAUAUCGUUCGAGAUGUGGCCAAUAUCGCACAAGUUCACUUUUGUUCCAGCGUCUUUUCGCUACCAUUGAAAACGGAUUCGAACCCCAGGGGGGUCUUUGCAGCGUCGGAACUGUACAAGAUCAUGGCUGUUGUCUUCACUGCCAUUUUCUACGACGCAGACGUGGGAAAGUCAUUCGAAUUAAACCAGACCGCCCGGGCUGUGACACAGCAGUUAGGUCAGCUAACUAUGGCCAACGUCGAAAUUGUCGGCAAGACCGGCUUCAUCGCCAGUCUAGUAAAUCGACUACACCGACGCGACGUUCUUAGCGAGUAUGGUACUCACAUGAUCCAGCGUCUGCUUGAUAGUGGUCUCCCUGCGGCGGAAAUCGUGUGGACUCAUAUUCUGCCUACCGCUGGUGGAAUGGUAGCGAACCAAGCGCAGUUGUUCUCGCAGUGUCUGGACUAUUACCUUUCGGAAGAGGGAUCCACUCACCUUCCUGAGAUUAAUCGAUUAGCCAAGGAAAGUACGCUGGAAGCUGAUGGGCUUCUCAUGCGCUACUUCAUGGAAGGUGCUCGGCUACGGUCAUCGGUUGCUCUGCCUCGAGUAGCUGCGAAGCCCACAGUCAUCGAAGAUAAUGGUGAAAAGCUUACCAUAAAAACUGGUCAGGCCGUCAUUUGUAAUCUGGUUUCCGCAUGCACGGAUGAUUCUGCCUUUCCGGAACCAGAGACGGUCAAGCUUGACCGCGACAUGGAUUUAUAUGCUCAUUUUGGCUUUGGAGCCCACAGGUGCUUGGGCAUAGACCUCUGCAAAACAGGAUUGAGCACAAUGCUAAAGGUCGUCGGGCGAUUGGACAAUCUUCGUCGUGCUCCGGGAGCUCAAGGGAAGUUGAAGAAACUUUCUGGGCCUGGUGGGAUUGCAAAAUAUAUGACAGAGGAUCAAAGCGGCUUUUCACCGUUCCCCAGCACCAUGAAGAUCCAAUGGGAUGGUGAACUGCCUAGGCUAGAGGAGGAUUAG